GGUGCUUGUAUAAUGUAUAGAUCUCUAUAGAAUCUCACGUGGUGUCUGGAUCUCUGUCUUGACCAGUGGCUUCCACAAACUCUGAUCUCAUUUCUUCCUCCAUAUCUCUCCUUCGCUGCAAAACCUCUGUUGUCGAAAACAAAAGUAUUUUGACUUUGGAAACUGUGCAUACAUACCUUGUUUCAGUUCUUGUGUCGCGUCCUCUAUUUUCCCAAUCUUUCUGCCCAUCUUUGCCGCAGCUGUGCACACGCCCUGCAACUCCUUUUUUUUCCAGGUGAGUUAUUGCCCACUUUUCCACCGUCUCUCUCUCUCGUGGCUUACCUUUGGAGUGGAGUCCUGCGCAAUCACCUCUAGCAGAUCUUUCCCGAAGGCAUACUUCUGUCGACGUAUCUCUAGCUUUCUAUUGUACUCGUCCACCGCCAUUCCCCACACAGACGUUUUCCCGCGCUCUUGCAGACGCGCCCCCGCUCUUUCUAAAUAACGCCCGCCCUACCCCGCCUACUUGCUGAAUCGGCAAAAACGCUGCAGGGCUUUUUGCACCGGAACUUACCAAAGAACUGUUACUUCCUUUCUGGAUCCUGAGGAACCUGUGGACUGUAUGGAAGACAGAAUAUUUGGAAGAUCAAAAGAGAAACAAGAACAAAGAGAAAGAGCUAAAGCAGCUGCCUUGCUGCACUGUGAGAGAGAGCGUGCGGUCCUCAGACACUGUUUCAGAAGCAGCUGGUUUGGCUUCUGCUGGAGAGAACACAGAGCAUUUUGGGAGUGCUUCACUGAAGAGAGGGAGAGACAGUUGUUGCUAGAGCAACAGAGCCAGUCCUCUGUUCCAGACCAUCACUGGAGUGAUACGGAACAGGGACAGACUGACACGGAACGGGGACAGAGUGACACGGACAGAUCCUAGAAUGAGCUGCCUCCACUACUGCUGCUACUGUUGCUGCUACUGCUGCGACCAGUGCUGCCCACACCGGAAACAGAAACCGGACAAACCGGUUCACUUCCCGCACAUCGAGUACAAGUCGCCCGAUCAGGCGAGCCAGUUUGUGACGACGCACACUGAAUUCGAUAAACUGCCGUUGGAGAGACAGUAUGUGUUUGCCCAGCCGCCGAGUGAGAGACCUUAUCAUCGGCCGCCCUCGACACUGCUCCCCGUCGUCCCGGUAACCGAGCAGCCACGGCGACAGGUGCGGUCGUACACGCCCACCACCCACAGCCCGACUUUGAGUCCCGUGCGAGUCUGGCGCCAUUCCACGCCAACACCGGAACCAUCCAACAUCAGCUAUUUAUCAGAUUCCGGGACAAUAGCGUCUCUCCAGAGUGGAGCCGAUUCACACCCGACACUACAAUUUUCUCUCUAUUACGACAUUCAACGUCGCGUCCUUGCCAUCCAUAUCCAGCAAGCUUACAAUCUCCCUGUCAUAUCAAAAGGUUCUGUGACGCAUCCGUGCAGUCCUUUCAUCGUCCUGUAUCUCUUGCCGAACAGGCAAGAGGUGUUCGAAUCGAGGGUGAUUCACAGAGAUUUGAAUCCCUACUUCAACCAGAUCUUCGACUUCCCCAGUCUCCUGCCGGAGGACAUCAGGAAGCAGACACUAGUGAUGAAAGUGUUCCACUCGCGGAGAACGAAACACGAGCUGAUUGGUAUGAUUUCAGUCUCACUCGAAGAUGCCGAUCUAUAUGGGGUGAGCAUGAAAAUGAGAAUUGACGAAAAAGUGGAGCAUUUCUCUUCUGAAUCAAGAGGACAAGUAUUGGUCUCAUUAACCCAUAUCCCUGGCACCGGUUUGCUUCAGGGCAUCGUACUCAGAGCCAAGAACCUCCAGAAAGUGAACGGAUCAGGAACUGCCUGUCCCUACAUCAAAGUAUAUCAACUCCACAAUGGGAAACGCCAACACAAGUGGAAAACGAGUGUAAAACGCAACACGCUGAUGCCAAUCUUCAACGAGCCUUUCCGUUUCGAUAUCCCCCCAUCGACCGACCUCCACAGUUUCAGUCUCGACAUCGUGAUAAUGGAUCACAACCGCUUCUCGGGAGACGAGACGAUGGGCAUAAUCCGCAUCGGCGACAGCGCCCCCGAGGAAACCGGGCGAUCUCAUUGGUCGGAAGUGAUUCGAACGCCCAGUCAAGCCGUAAGCAGAUGGCACACGGCAUGGCCAGUAACGCAUGUUUACGAUGGCGGCUCAGACAGAGAAAGCAUCGUUACAAACUAACUAAAUUAGCUGCAUCUACUUAUUGUCACUGUUUGUAUGUGAUAUUCGUCCAUGUUUGUGUGUUCAGUGUGAUGUGUACAAUGAUAGUGUAGCAGUGUUCUAUUGUGUGGCAGGUACCAUUAGGUUUUGUGGCACUUACAACGUUUCUGUAUUUUGAAUCAAUCACUUGUAAAUUGUUCAAAAUUCACUUAUUGUCUGAUGAAAACCUA